GCGCGCGCGUACACGAGUGUCGACGUGCGUGCACGCAGUAGAAAUCAAAUGUUUGAUCUUUUCUUUACAACUAAAGUCAACGAGCGUCCAACAGUCCGCUGGAGCGCAUAAAAAGCAACAUUUAUUCCUCUCAUUUAUUGCAAACACAUUUGGCUUUUUCAUUCUUGUUUGGACUUCAUUGAACGUGUUGCCAGGCAACGUGAAGACAACAAAGUCCACCGGAUAAGCUUUUUUCUGCGAACAAAAUGAACUCCAAAAACACCAAAGAUCCUAAGACUAACGGCUCUCCAAGCACCAAGUCCGCUGCAAAGAAGGCACAUCAAGGAGUCAAAGGUCAGAUCUCCCAAAUUCCAGGACUUUCUCCCAUCGUCAGCACAGGUGAAGACAAGAAGAACAUCGGCAAGAGAGUUGGAGUUCUUGACAGCGACUCAGAAUAUAUCAAACUGGCGAAACAAGGAGGUCACAAAGGACUUCUGUACUUCGAUGAGACCAACAAGUCGUGCUCCACAGACCUGCUACUGGAUGCUCCAGUAGAAGCUCUUGGAAAUCUCAGUGUGGUCUGCAACAAGGAGAAGAAAGGUCAGGAAGGUUCCUCACAAAGAUCCCUGCCUCCUUUCUGGACUGACAACAUGUCCACCUGGGAACGAGACGACGGCAGCACAGACAAGAAAAAGAAGGUUCCUGACAAACAGUUGGUCCAAAGACAGAUGCCCAUCUUUAUUAAGGACAACAUCAAAUUCAGGAGAACCAGCACCUCCAACUCCCACUACUCGUCUCAUCACAGCCUCUGCUAAUAAAGGCGACAGGUGAUUAGAUAACAAGGACCACCUGGGCCAUCUACGCACCUGUCGCUGUCUUCGAGGCCGGUCCUGACACACCCCUGUUCCGCGGCAGACCCGCAGGCCACGCCCCCCUCCACAUACCUCCACCGCCAGACGCAGGCCGGGAAGCCGUCCGGCCGGGCCUACUCCCCCCGUGAGAGAGCGGGAGAGGAAGUCAGCCACGGCCAUCUGCGCCACCGGUCUGUGAAUCACUCUGAAAUUGUAGGGUUGUAAAGCUAGAUACCAAAGGGUGAUCCGCGCGUUGGCAUCCUUCAUGCGGUGAAGCCACUGGUCCGAGCAGAGGCUGAAUGAGUGCCCCAGUAGGUAGUACCGGAGGGCACCAACCGCCCACCAGAUGGCCAGGCACUCCCUCUCCACGGUGCUGUACCUCGCCUCCCGAUCGGAGAGCUCCCGGCUAAUGUACAGAAUGGGGCGGUCGACGUCCCCGACCUGCUGGGACAGAACAGCUCCCAGCCCUUUGCCCGACGCGUCAGCCUGCAGACAAAACGGGAGACAAAAAUCAGGCAUGUGCAGGACCGGCUCCUCGCAGAGGGACUUUUUCACACUCUCAAAUGCCUGCUGG